UGUUAACAAUGCAGUGAGUGUCCAACUUUGUGCUGCAUUUCUGAUCCUGCCUGGAGUCUGGGCAGAAAAUGGAGGCUCAUUUCAUAUUUACUCCGCUGCUUUGUGUUCCCUGAGCUGCCCCGCUCUGCCUCAAUGGCCUAGACGCAGCCUUGAAAAGUCGUGUUCUGGCCGGAUUUGCACCCCAUCCUGACUUUUUCUUGUUCCUUUUAUCACAUGGUGCAGAUUGGCAUCAUGGUUUGGCUCUGCAUUGCCCACACCAGUGGCUGCAUUUCCUGGAAUAAGCUGCAACAUGAGCCUUGAGGCUCACACCAUGGAAUGCUUGUAGUAUCCAGGAUCACCUCCGCCUGCCCCACCAGGAAUUAGAAACACAAAGUUAGACAGAAACAACUGAGGGACACAGAGGUGGCCUUCUAAAUCUGGGCCUCUGAUCUGAGCUCCUGGGGGUUCUUUAUCUAUUUAGGUCAGCUGGGUGGAGAGGGUCCAGUUGAGUGAGUGCCGUUUGUGUGUGGUAGUCUCCCGUUUUAGAGUAGGUGCCUGCUCUGGGCCAUGAGGCCCAAGACGUUUCCAGCUGCCCCGUACAUGGGCAACACGCAGCAGAGGCUUCAGGAGAUUAAGGAGGGCCUGAAGCAGCCAGCCAAGCUGGUGAGCCAGGCUCUGCAUGGUGGCAGUUCCAGGUCGGAGGGGAGCAGGGCGACCGACUCCAAGAGCGGGAAGGACACGACCAACCGACAGCAGCAGCUCCAGCCGCCACAGAAGUUCAAUAACUACCAGAAUGCCCUGCGAGAAAUCCGCAGGUCUCUCAUGCCCUUCGCCAAUGAAUCGGGGGAGCACGGAGAGGUGAACAGGCAGAUGCUACAGGAGCUUGUCAACGCUGGCUGCGACCAGGAAAUGGCAGUACGGGCGCUGAAGCAAACUGGAAGCAGGAAUAUUGAAGCCGCAUUAGAGUACAUCAGUAAAAUGGGUUACCUUGACCCUCGCAAUGAGCUCAUUGUUCGUGUCAUUAAACAGACUUCACCCGGAAAAGCUGGCAUGCCAAACACCAUGGACCACCGCCCUUCGUUGGAGGCUUCAGGUGAAGCAGGUGCCAUGCCUCCAUAUCAUCAGAUGGGGGCUCCAAUGUACGAUGGGGCUGCAGGAUAUGGCUCUGAGAGUGACAUGACUAGAGCCUACAUGGGCGCUCCACCUGUUAUGAACUACAUGAUGGCUCCCUCUGGUGCAGCACAGGGCCCUGCAAUGGGAAAUCCAAUGGGACGUCCUCCCAGUAUGGGCAGCUAUCCACCGGUGAUGUCUACCCAAAGCAACCCUGGGAGCGCCAUGUACCCACCGGGUGCUCCGCAGAAGGGUUAUCCCGGCAGCAUGGAGCCUCAUGGGCCCAUGAUGAGCUACAAUGUCCCUGGGCAGCCAUUGCAGCUUCAGCCGCAACCCCCAGGGGGAUCUGUCCCAGGCCCACAUUACGACUAUGGACAUGCCAGGCAGCACAUGCUGGAACCAGCAGGCUAUGGGGUCAAGAGGACCCCCUCUUUCCAGAACAAGAUGCAACCACCCCCUAUGGGACCCCCUGACAACUAUAUCAACAUGCAGGGAAAAGGGGCAAUGGCUCAGAAUGGGUCAGGGGGAGGAGGAUACCCAGCGAACCUGUACCUUUCCUCUCACUCUCACCCCCGCCAGGCUAGCCCCACAUCCCACCAGGUCCACAUGAUGUCCCGUUCCCCAGGCGGUGUGCCAUCCAUGGGUCCUGAGUUCUCAGACUUGCCUCAAGGUUUGAUGACACCCUCCAGGGCCAGUCUCAACCUGGACCUGUAUGAACACCACUGGGCUGGCCCUCCAGGUACUGAAGGAACCCCAGCAGCCAGGCAGCCACAGCCCCAGGGCCCAUUUAGGGGGGAAGUACGUGUGCCCAGCAGAACAAAUUCCUUCAACAGUCGUUCUGCUGCUCCAAACAGUGUGAGACCGGCAAUGGCUGCACCUCCUACUGCUGGGAAGCAGGAGUCGUCAUUGGGCCCUCCUAACACCAUUACAGCUGUAACAUCCCCACCCAUCCAACAACCAGUCAAGAGUAUCCGUGUGAUGAGGCCAGAGCCCAAAACCGCAGUGGGUCCGUGUCAUCCUGGUUGGAUGACGGCUCAGGCGCAAGAUGCAGCAGAACCCCUACCCUAUAUGCCGGAGGAGACUUACCCAUUAGAGCCUGCUCAGGAGCCACGGUGCCCUCCUCCACCUUACCCAAAGAAUCUGCUCAUGCCUGGAACACCGGGGGAUCAAGGGGUUCUGGAAGGAGCCGGAGCUGGCGGUCCAGAUCUCAACAACCCUGCUGCCAGAGGCACCCGCAGUGGCAGUGGAGGGAGCGGAAAGGUCAAGGACAGCCAGCAAGUUAAAGAGAAGGCGAAGAUGGGCAAGGGAGAAAAAACAGUGAAAGACAAGAAGCAGAUUCAGACCUCACCUGUGCCUGUCAGGAAGAAUGGACGAGAUGAGGAAAAAAGAGAGUCCCGCAUCAAAACCUACUCACCUUUUGCCUUCAAGUUUUAUAUGGAGCAGCACAUUGAGAACGUGAUGAAGACCUACCAGCAGAAGCUCAACCGAAGGCUGCAGCUGGAACAGGAGAUGUCCAAGGCUGGCCUGUCAGAAGCAGAGCAGGAGCAGAUGAGGAAGAUGCUGAACCAGAAGGAGUCCAACUACAACAGGCUACGUCGUGCCAAAAUGGACAAGUCCAUGUUUGUAAAAAUCAAGACUCUUGGCAUCGGUGCCUUUGGUGAAGUGUGCCUUACGCGUAAAGUUGACACUGGUGCACUUUAUGCCAUGAAAACAUUGCGCAAGAAAGAUGUCCUCAACCGCAACCAGGUGGCCCAUGUGAAAGCAGAGCGUGACAUCCUGGCUGAGGCAGACAACGAGUGGGUGGUGCGUCUCUACUACUCCUUUCAGGACCGUGACAGCCUCUAUUUCGUCAUGGACUAUAUCCCCGGAGGAGACAUGAUGAGCCUGCUCAUCAGGAUGGGCGUCUUCCCUGAACAUCUGGCGCGCUUCUAUGUGGCCGAGUUGACGCUCGCCAUCGAGAGCGUCCACAAGAUGGGUUUCAUCCAUCGUGACAUCAAGCCAGACAACAUCCUUAUCGACUUGGACGGGCACAUCAAGCUGACUGACUUUGGGCUGUGCACAGGCUUCCGCUGGACCCACAACUCCAAGUACUACCAGAAAGGAAGUCACAUCAGACAGGACAGCAUGGAGCCCAGUGACUUCUGGGACGACGUUUCAAACUGUCGCUGUGGCGACCGGCUGAUGACAUUGGAGCAGCGCGCCAACCGGCAGCACCAGCGCUGCCUGGCUCAUUCGUUGGUUGGAACGCCAAAUUACAUCGCGCCCGAGGUCCUGCUGCGUAAAGGCUACACUCAGUUGUGUGACUGGUGGAGUGUGGGAGUGAUUCUUUUUGAGAUGUUGGUGGGACAGCCGCCCUUCCUCGCUCCGACACCAACUGAGACUCAGAUUAAGGUCAUCAACUGGGAAAGCACGCUACAGGUGCCACGGCAGGUCAAACUGAGUCCAGAGUCUGUAGAUAUCAUCGGUCGUCUCUGCUGCUCUGCAGAGGAGCGCCUGGGCGCCAACGGCGCCGGAGAGAUCAAGGCUCACCCCUUUUUCUCCGAGGUGGACUUCUCCAGCAACCUGCGGCAGCAGCUUGCACCCCAUCGGCCAAAGAUCGCUCACCCCAUGGACACGUCCAACUUUGACCCAGUGGAGGAGGAAGGCGGCCCGGGAGCAUGGAGCGACAGUGGAGACAGCACCCGAGCCUUGGACAUGCUCUGCUCCCCGCACGGGAAACACCCAGAGCACGCCUUCUACGAGUUCACCUUCCGCAGGUUCUUUGACGACAACGGCUGCCCCUUCCGCUACCCAAAACCCCUCGAGGCUGACAUGUGUCUAAGUAUCACUGGAGCUGCCAGCAUGGGCCCAGAGGAGGAGGAUACAGAUGAGGAGGAAGAAGUGGAAGAUGAAGAAGAGGAGGGAGAGGCAGGGGAGGGAUGUGAGCCGGUGUAUGUCUAGAGCUGCACAGUGGCUGGUUUGCUCCCACCUGGCACCACUCCUUAAGGUGUAUGUUAGUGUGGAGAGGCUGAACAUGUCUGUGUAAAGCAGUUGCAGGAGUAGGAUGGAAGGCACAUCGCCACCUUGUGGGCUGACUGCAAAUCUCCUCCGAUCUGGGACCAACAAACUAACUCUGUGUGAGUGGAGAAAGAAUGAAGAGGCGACAGACUCAGAAACUGCUCAAGCAGUCAGGAGUUGAUUAUCAUUCUUGGGGGACUGGUUUUCAAUGUGAGGACUGCUUCUGGUUCUUCCAGCAGUUCCUUGUCCCAUUCCUUCCACCUUCGGUCUUACGGAUGAUUAACAAACCCACUUCUUGUUCUACCUGAGCUGCUUUACACUCACGUUUGGGACACAGCAAUGUGAAGUGUGGAACCAGUUUACGUACUAAUUGUGCCUCUAUCACAGCUUCUGCAAAAUAAGCUAAAAAGACAUUCAUUCACACGCACACCCAUGCUUACUCAGUAUAACUUAUGUUUGUAAAAAGCAUACUUUGUUUUGGAUGUACAGUGCCCUGCCUUGUAUUCAUCCACCUUAAAUUUUGUCACAUUUUAUCAUGUUGACAACCACAAACCUCAGUGUAUAAUUUGGAUUUAAUAUGAUAGCCCCACACAAAGUAGCACAUGAUUGUGAAGUGAAAGGAAAGAAUACGUAGCUUUUUUUAGUCUUUUUUUUUUUUUUUUUACUACAUCUAAAAAGUGUGGCACAUAUUUGUAUUCAGGCCCAUGGAGUCCACAUAGAUCCACCUGUUGCUACAGUUACAGCUUCAAGUCAUUUGGGGUAAUUCCACCAGCUUUGCUCACCUAGAGACUGACUUUUUGCCCAUCCUUCUCUGCAGAAUAGCUAGAUCUCAGUGAGAUUGCAUGGAGAGCAUCUGAGAACAUUAAUUUUCCAGCAUUAUUACAGAUUCUCAUUUGGACUUAGCUCUGGACUUUGACUGGGCCCUUCUAACACAUGUGCUUUGAUCUACCAGCAGUUCUCAGUUCCAAUCCUAAGGACCCACUGUUCUGCAUGUUUUAGGAGUUUCCCUGCGGCCACACACCUGACUUAAAUAAAUGGCUGAUUAACAGGCUUCUGCAGCACUUCAUUGUAUUCUGAGGUCAUGCAAUCAUUUGAAUCAGGUGUGCUGGAGCAGAGACCCAGCUAAACCAUGAAGGACAAUGGGCCCUGAGGACCAGGACUCAGAACCACUCAUCUAAACCAUUCCAUUGUAACUCUGCUUAAAUGUGAUGAGCCUUCACCUUGAGCUUAGGUGUUCUUUCGGGGUAGUCAUGUAUUUAUCUGUACCCAUCUUCCAAAGUUUGACCAGUUUCCCUGUCUCUGCAGUGGAAACGGUCCCCACAGCAUCAUGCUGUGUCGUUCAGGUGAUGUGCUCAACUAGUUUUUCAUGUAGACAAGAAAUUUUAUUUUGUUUUCAUCUGACCAGCGUACGAUUUUCCACAUGUUUGCUGGGUCCCCUAAAUGGCUUGUGGGAAACUGCAAACUGGACUCACUGGUCGCCAGUCUUCACCAAAGUCUAAAAUUUUGGAGUCCAUAACUAAAAAGCAUUUGGUUGCACUGGGUUUUAUUUAAGGCGGCCAGAGAGAAAGAGAUAAAUUCAAUAGCACACCACACUUUUUAGAUUUAUUUUUUUAAAAUAACAAAACAAAACCUUAAACUUCACGGCUAUGCACUACUAACAUAAUAUCCAUGGAAGUCUGUAAGUUUGUAACAUGAUCAAUUUGAAGAAGAGGUAUGAAUACUUUUGCAAAGCACUGUAGGUGUCUGUAUUUGUGUUUGACACAUGGUCUCUUACUAGAAUCAGUGCAGAGAAAUUUCUCUGACACAGAAGUCAUUGUGAAAAUGUAUUCAAUGAAAAAAAGUAUUUUUUAGAGUAUUUUGCACCAUCUACCUGAUGUAGAUAAACCUGCCUUAUUUUGUGCCAAAUUUAAUUCAGGGAGUCUCCUGCUUCAGACUUAGCUGGUACACAUAUUCCUGUCCUUUAUUCUGACUUUGUCAAGGUUAACCUCAGGUUGGUCUUGGCUUUGGAUUAGGUUUAAUUUAAUUAGGCUUAUGAGCUACAACAAUAAUUAAUUUCCCUUCGCGAUUUAUGAAUAUUUAGUUUUUUUGAAUUGAAUUUAACAGAAAAAAAAAGGCUGAUUUUUAUCUGGACUAAAACACUGGUAUUUGUUUCAAGCCAAAUUAUAUCCAGACUAUUUGGGACAAGUUUGACUUUUUGUCUUAAAAGGAAAAAACUAGAAAGUGCUAUGAAACAACCAGGUUCAAUGAACAGAGGCCUGUUAGGAUCUAAACAUGCUAUGGAUCAUGAGGGUUGAGAUGCAAACUAAAACUCUAAUAUACAAACGCAGAUCAGAGUUUUGUGGCCAGUUUCUGAUCUUGUGUUUUUGUAAAGCUUUGACCUGCCAAUCUGGAUUUUAGGUGAUUCUGAUUGCUUUUUGAAAACUUUAAUACAUGAAAUGUUCAAAGUGUUUUUGCUAGCCUUCCUGCCAUGAGUGCGUAUUUAUACUGGGAGCAGAGGCAGCAUCACACAGUGUGUGUGAGAGAUAGAGAGAGCUGUCACUGACAAACAGGUGUUUACUAUUUUAAAACGAUUAAAUGGUUACGGAGGUGAUAUUUUUAAGCAUUUUUAGCAGUUAACACAGGUAACCAAAAAGGCUGCAAAUAUUUCCAAAUCCAGCAUUUUCCAAGCUAGUUGGGUUGAAAGCUUAAAAGGAUAAAACAGACAACAUCGUUGUAAAAUGUUCAACCUUUCUGGUAUCUGCUGAAAGUAUCACUCUCUCCUGCAGCCUGAAUGGACCACAGACAUGCCUCAGCAUUUCAUAGAAAAUACUUUCCUUUUUAAGUAGCUAUCUCUGAGUAUCAGCAUUCUCACUGAAGUUGGCGCUUAGCUAUUACGUGUUCACUUUACAUAAAAUUUUCCAUUUUUGACUUUUUACCUAUCUGGUCACCGGGCAGGUCAGGUCAAGCUGAAAAUCACCUGAUUCUCAACAGCUGGUGUUUUCUCAGUACAUUUCUAGCUUAUAUUAGUAGAUUUAAAAACAUUUUGCUUGGGUGAGAUAAUUAUUACACCAACUUACUUUGCCAUCAAUGUCCUUCUUGUCAUGAAAGAAGUAGAACAUGUCAUGAAACGGCCUACUAUGAGCAGAAGCCUGCUUAUACCUAAUCAUUAUAAGGACGAUGAGGCUUCAGUUAGAAAUCAAAACGAAAACAUAAAGACACAUGCAUACCAUUAGCCCUGCAGUUGUGUUGCAUCUUAACCAGCUUCCUCUAUAUGUUUGGAGGCAGUCAUGAAAAAACAAAGCAACAUGUCCUUACAACAACUAAACAUGUGACAGUGUGACUAUGUGCAAUACAAAAUGACAUGUAUAUUGUUUCCUAAACACAAAAUAUCAUAUAUAUUUCUCUUUUUAUCAGCUAGAACAUGCUGCUUAUCAUUGUGGUUAAUAUUAUUUACAGUAUGUGUUAUCUGUCCUGUUUUGUUGCAGUUUAAAAGAAAGUGUGUUUGUGCUCUGAAAGUAACACGCUGCGUGCCUUUCUAACCGAGUGUUGUAGUGAGCGUGGCCACUCCAUGGCGAAGUAGGCGAAUGUGGUGAUGAUGAUGUCAGGAGUUUGCUGAACAUUGGUGGUAGGCUUCCGGUCUCCUGCAGCCGGGCUGGUCCUGGCUGCAGGAGACUAGAGGGACUGGACAGGUUCAGAUUGGGAGGAAGAUGGAACAGACAUUUUAGAAGAUGAAGAUGAGUAUGGCAGGUUGGAUUCAGAGUUAUUUUUAUCCUUAAAUUGCUUAAUAUACAAAUUUUCGAAUGGAUUGAUGCGUUUUCUUUUAUUUAUCCAAAAAGGCCACAUGUUAGUGUUUAUUUGUGUAUCUUUAUCACGGAGCUCUGCUUCCUCACCAUCUUGUAUCGUUUUGCUGUUUGACAAUCACCAAAUCAUUAACGCCUUUCUUUGUGUUGAGCUGAACUUUUCAAAUCUGUUCAAACCAAACAGUUCAUGCAAUGUUCUGAAUUUCUCUCACGGUUAUACUCAGAAAGUCACAACGUUGAAGUGGUUUCCUGCUUCAUGGAAAGUGUGGGCAUAAGAUGCCUCACAAAAAAGUGCUUUGGUUUGUUUUGCUUGACAAUGUUUUGAUUUUUAUAUUACUAUUCUUUUUUUUUUUUCUUUUUUUUUGUGUAAAUGUGCCUUUUUCUAUCCUGAGCAACACAAACUUAAGACUGCCUUACUUUUACCCUGUUUUCUGAAGACCUCUUCAUAUCCGCUGUUCUUGCUGUGGGGAGUCUGACAGAGCAUGCUCUGUUUCUCUGUGUUUACAUGCAACAAACAUUCCUCUUAUUCUAAUCCAUAACUAAUAAGUCAACCGGCAGAAAUCCUAGAAUAUAAGGAGAAAGUAAGCAGAAUUAUACAGACUGAAGUCGUUAGCUUUUCUCUCCCAUUUAAUUCUGAUUGAAACACCUAGAUUGUAUUUUUGUAAACGUUAUUUUUCAGUGACUUCAUUUUGUUUUAAGGAGAGAUGCCCUGCAGUGUUGCAACCAGGCAUGGGCAGGUUAACAGUACAGAUAUAGUGUGAGCAGGAUCUUAUUUUUUUUCUGGCUUUACUGAACAUAAAGUAACAUUGUGUUGUCCCUGCCACACAUGGUGCUGCAUACUGCCAGCCAGGUGGCUGAAAGAAGUCUACUACACCUUUUCUUAGCUUACAAGAAACACAAAUUUGACUAUAAAUAUAUUCUGGUGGCAAAUAGAGCUACAAAGUAUAUUAAAUGGCAGUUGUCAUGGCAUUAUCAGUGUUAAAAGGACUGCUUGGAGGGACGUUUUGGUACAUUAUGACAUUUCAUGUUCCAUCCAUUCCAACCUUGCUGACUAAUAACAUAUUUGGCCAGUUGGGUGGACCUUUACUGUGCUCUGCGCCCACACCUGAUCUGGAUCUUAGCGAUCCUACAGAGGUGGUGGAGAACAUGAUGAUGGAAAAGACUUGAGAAAGAUCUGGGUUGCAGUGUCAUGAUUUGCUUAUAUCAUGGAGCCCUAUCGUGAAGAAUAUGUGCAGUCAUGGUGGGCAACUAAAGGAGUUCCACCCAUCACUCUUAUCAAGUUGACUACAGCUGGCAAGCUACAAACCACUUCUCUGUACAGCAGCUGACUGAGGCUCGGGUACCGGAGCCGAUAGCCCAACUAAUUUUCCAGCUUUAGAUACUAUGAAUAUCCCAUUAAACUGGUAUUUCCACUCAAGGUUAUGCCAUGGGAAUCUCAUACAAGACCCCUUGCUUGGUGGCAACUCAGACCUUGUUUAAUUUGACUGAAUAUGGCUUGAUUAUACAGUUCAUUUCACACCAUAGAUUUGUGGCUAAACAGUCGCUCUAUUUUGAUAUGAAACAACCGGUUUAUUGCUGUUGUCUUUAUGAAUGUGUUGAACGCUUGCUUAAACUGCACUGAUGCUAAUUUCCUGCAUGUAAACACAAACAGCAUUUUGCCAUUUAGCUGUAGUAUCAUUACUAAGAAUCAAAGGCUGGGGCUGCUCUGUCAUUUUUUCCCCCACUCACUUUGCCUUUCAGUCAGUCAGGACAUGUCCUCUGACAGCUUCAUUUCCAGUCUACGGUAAGCCGGGCAGCCUUCUGUGUGGGCAGAAACAGCUUCAGAACGAGUGAAUACCACAAAGUGUGCGGUGUUUCCUGGAUGUGUGCUUCCUUUUUAUGAAGUUACAAAGUUAUGACUGACAAUCUUUGAUGGACUUUUUGUCCUGUUUUCCUUAUGACUUUUGUAUGCCUUCAGUUUGUAUUUAUACUCUAAGGAGCUUCUGUUUUUUCCCUCCUUGGUGUAUGAUACAAUCUUGUUACUCUUAAGAUUUAUAUUUAUACAGAUAUACAUAUUUUUGGUAUUUUCAUAUUCUUUUUUUCCAGGUUUUUGUGCUAUUGUUAAAAACCAUGAAAACACAGUAUUAUACAUGUUGUAAUUUUGACAUUUUUUACAUUUAUCUAUGAACUGAGAAAUUGUAAAAAUGCUUUCAAUGUCCUGGUGUGUAAAAUGUAUGUAUAAAUUAAAUUAACCAACUUGGA